UCUCAUCAGACAGCGUUUGCGAGAGACUCUGAAGGAUCCUUCUACCAUUUUUUUGCAUUUCCACCACCACCAUCUGUUCUUGACCGCAAUCUAGCCAGCAUCACAAUGGGCGGCAACCGUGCUCUCCACACAAACCCGUUCAUUGUGAAUGGCCGGACUGUGGACAUCCACAUCACCACCCGUGGUUCGGAUUGGUACUGGGCGGUCAUGUCGGUCAUGGGCACGACCAUGCUGGCCAUAAUGGCAGUCAGCUUCUUGAAGCCAGCCAGCAACCGCCUCUUCUACUAUAUGCUCUCCCUCGCCGCCUUUGUGGCAAUGGUCGAGCACUACAGCAUGGCGUCGAACCUUGGCUGGGUGCCCAUUGACGUCGAGUGGCGACGCAGCAGCCACCUGGUUGCGGGCGUCAACCGUCAGAUCUGGUGGGUUCGCUACUGCGGCUGGUUUCUGAUCUGGCCGUUGUUGUCUGCCGCCAUCCUGCUCGGCUCGGUUGUGCCAGGGAUCAAUGUCUUCUGGACCUGUUUCCUCAGCAGCUCGAUGGCGAUCCUGGCUGUGGUCGGGGCCGUGGUCCGCACGGACUACAAAUGGGGCUACUACGGCUUCUGGAUCUGGUGCUGGCUCCUGAUCGGCUACCAGCUGCUCUGGCUGCCGCGCCGGUUCGCGCUGGCGCUGGGCAAGGACGUGGCGUGGGCGCACCACCUCACCGCCGGCUGGGUGUGGAUGCUCUGGAUGCUGUACCCGGUGUGCUGGGGCGUGUCCGAGGGCGGCAACGUGAUCCCGCCCGACUCCGAGUUCAUCUUCUACGGCAUCCUGGACUGCUGCCUCAUCCCGAUCACGAGCGCCUUCUUCCUCUUCAGCCACUGGACCAUCGACCCCGCGCGCCUGGGCCUGCGCAUGCGGACCUACGACGACCCGCUCCACGUCCCCGGGGCGGACGGCGCGGAGAAAACGCCCGCCCCGGGAGGUCACACGGACGGCGUCACCGAGGCGAGCGGUCCCGUCACCGAGGGCGAGUUGCCCGCUACGGCUCCGUGAGGGAGUUGGGUAGGAGUCUGCCAAUCGCGCCCCGAAAAAGGCCCUAGGAUCUCAAUGCGGGUGCUACUCGUGGCAGUCAUGCCCGUGCUCGUGAGCGUACAGGAGCGAAUGGUGUGGUUAUCUAUGAAGGAAUAUACCCCAUAAGCUGGAGAACGUGAUCAAAUCUUUUGAAGAGAGGAAAGGAAAUGAAUGGC